AUGACUUCUCUUGCGCAGCACAUUCCACCAAUUCCUGAGCCGUUUUCCUUGACGUUAUUAGUAGGGACAAGGGAAACACCAGUAACCUUUUUGAUUCACUACUAUCUUAAUCAUUGCAUACGAGAAGGCUUAAAAGUUUGUUUUGUUUCCUUUAGUAAAACUUUAGAUGAACAUACAGACGCUCUUCGAAAAUGGGCAAUACAGGGAACCGAUGUAAGGACAAAACCAAAUUUUUAUUAUGUUGAUGGAUAUAGUAUGCUUUUUGCUCCGGCCAUUUCUACAAAUAAGAUCCAAGCGAACGAUGUGAAAAACAAUCCCAAACAAGUAUUCGCUCCCGUUAUUGACUGUCUACAACGAAACGAAUUCGAUACGAAAAAUUCUAUACUUAUUAUUGAAGACAUUGAUGUACUUUUAUCGACAAAUUCUUUACAAGCAACUCAAUUGCAAGAGGCUGUCUUUGAGUUGCAAAAAACAUCAGGUCGGGCAGUGGUCAACGUAUCGGUUGGAGCACCUUUGCCUCGUCAAGUAUCUUUUGCUAAAAGUAUUGGUCAUUUAGCUACUAGAUGCAUAUCUUGUCGCCCACUAACAAGUGGAAAUGCGCGUCGAAUUACUGGAUUCAUGAGAGUGACGAAGGGACCUAACCACUUCUUGCAGCGAAGUGGACAUGAACUUCCAGAAGAAGAUGACAACGAGGUUUUAUACGAAGUUACUGAAACACAUGCAAUUAUUCAUCCUAAGGGUCAAGUAACCUUACAACUCUAA